AUGGCAUCGCAACUAUGUUGUUAUAUAUUUGAAAAUCGUCAUGGUCUUAUAUUUAAUCCUGACUCUAUUCGUAUUCUUCGUGAACAAUAUCGAAUUAUUGGUUGUUUAACAGGAAAUUUACCCGAAUAUCCUCGUCAAAAUGCUGAACUCGGUUUACCACUUGAAUUGUCACGUGAAGAAUGUUGUGUAUUAGCUGAUCAACAUAUCAUUUCGAUGUAUGAAUUAAUUCUACCAUUGAACGAUUGUGAAGAAGAUCAUGCUAAAUAUCUAACUGAUCUUGAAAUUGAAUUUCAACAACAAAAAAUCGAAAAUGGACAUGAAAGAAUUAAUGAAAUUUUAAUCAAUCGUCAAUCGAUUUUACAAAGAAAUAUUCAACCAGCGAAUGAAAAUAGUUCUGAAACUGACGAAUUUACUUUAUCUUUAUUGGAAACAAAUAAUGCAUGGAAAAAUUGUUCGAGAUCUUUAGAAGAAAAUGAACACGUCAUGCUAUUGAAUAUUAUCAAGCAACGUCUUCGACAAUUUACAUUAGAAUAUAUGCUGAUGAAACUUCCUAUUGAAUCCAGACGAACAAAUUUAAAACUACGUUCAAUUACGAGCGAAGAACUUAAACAAAAUCUUAAAUUAAUUGAACAAUUACGUUGUGAUGUUUUUGCUGAUUUAUAUUUAAAUCAAAAUCAAAAAUAUUGGAUAUCAAGCGGACAAAAAUUCGGUGGAGAUUAUCUUGUUUAUUUCGAUGAUCCAUCACGUUGUCAUUCGACAUUUAUUGUAACAUGUGUUUUAAGAAAUGAAAUUGAACGAAAUUCUACUAUUAUUCCAUUGACACAUCUUAUUGCUCGAUGUCGUGUUGCUGUUAAUGUGAAUAAAAUUUGUAUUCUAGCUAGUAGAAAAUCUCCAAUAUCAUGUGAUAUUGAAUAUUUAACUGUAAAUUGGAACGGAUUUUAA